UCCAUUCUUUAAUCCUAUCCGUUGUUUUAACAAUAGAAAAAGUGAUUAAUGCAUGCUUCUUCUUUUUAAUAGAUCUUUCUCGUUUCGUGGAGUCUUGAAGCUUCUCUGUUUUUCUCUGUGCUCAGAAUCUUUCAAACCCUGGUUUCUAAGGAGAUCUAAAAAUGGCGAAUGUUCCAAAGAUAAGGAAGGCUGUGUACCAGGGACCAAGCAUAGUCAAAGAGAUAAUCUAUGGAAUAGCACUAGGACUUGCGGCUGGAGGGUUGUGGAAGAUGCAUCAUUGGAACAACCAAAGACGAACGAGGGAGUUUUAUGAUUUGCUAGAGAAGGGAGAGAUUAGUGUUGUCGCUGCAGAUGAGUAGCAUCCAUGACCUCAUAUAUUUACUUACAAGAGUUCAAGAUCAAGAACCAACACAAGGAAUGCGUUGUGUGUGUGUUUUUGUUCUUUAAAUAAAUGUUGUAAAACAAUGGAAACGUUAGAUCGAUGUUUGAAAAUGUGAUGUUAGUGUUGUUGAAAGAUUUCUUCAAAAUGCUACGUGUAAUGCAUUCAUAUGCAACAUUAGUUGUUCAGAGUCGGCACGGAUAUUUCAUAUGCAUGUAGCUGCAAAGAUGGAGGUCUGUUUGGAGGUGGAAUCAGAUGACUUCUUCCCACAGAAGAACUUUACAAACUUCUGCCUCGUGCCUUAGUGAUUGAAGCAACUCGUUUUUUAGACAUGGAUCUAGGGUUUCGAACAACCUAUUCAGUCUGUCUAUAGAGGUUCCAAAUCUGGCAACGAUGGUGAAAUUCAAAGUAAGAGGUUGUGAGCAAUCUUAUUCCGGUAGGAGAUGACCAGAGCCUGGCACGAGAACAUUGUUUCUGGUUUCACACGCAAUAUAGAGGACGAGAACUCUUUUGACAUUAGCUUUCCCAAUAACUGUCCUAGAAAAGAGCAUACUCUGGAGCCAUGUAACCUCGCAUGAAGUUUACACGCUUCCUGUGCUGAA